UUCCAUUUUCUUCUUUCUUCUUCGUCAUCUUUUUUUUUUUUUCUAUCUUUUUGGUUUGUAUAAAUCUUCAGCCUUAGGUAGAAUAAAUUGGAGAUCAGAUCAAAUAAUCGGGUUUUCUCUGGUUUUCUCAUAAACCCUAGAACCCGAUAGUAACUUCCUACUCACUCAACCUAUCAUGGAAUCAAACGAUGAAGAGAGUGAGAUAUUACGAAGCUAGCGACAAUAAGAUCAGAGAAGUAGAUAAAUUUGUUUUGGAAAGGACAAAGGAUUCGUAGUUUUAAUUGAGUCUCUCAAGAGAGAGAGAGAGAAAGGAAAAAAAAAUGGCGUCUUCAAGCUCUCCUUGCGCAGCUUGUAAAUUCUUGAGAAGAAAAUGCACUCAAGAAUGUGUCUUCGCUCCAUACUUCCCACCAGACCAACCUCAAAAGUUCGCAUACGUUCACAAAGUCUUUGGAGCAAGUAACGUCGCUAAGCUUCUCAACGAGCUCGCCUCUAACCAAAGAGAAGACGCAGUGAACUCUCUAUUCUACGAAGCCGAAGCACGACUACGCGAUCCUGUUUACGGUUGCGUCGGUUUAAUCUCAAUCCUUCAACACCGUCUUAAACAGCUUCAACACGAUCUUGAAAACGCCAAGAAAGAUCUCGCUACGUACGUUGGUCCCCAAGCCAUGCUCCCUAUUCUCCAACCGCCUCAGCCGCAUUUCAUGUCCCUGCCGCCGCAACCUCAGCGGCCAUCUUCGUCCUCAGCGUCUGUGUUGACUCAGCAUCAUCAUAACUUGUUGCCGAUGAUGGCUAUUCCAACUGGACAAUUGUACCAGCAGCAGCAACAGAUCUUUGAGGCUCAGCAGUUAGCAGCCGUUGCGAGGGAGCAACAGAACGAUAUGUUUAGAGCUUAUGGAGGAGGAAGUGCUAGCCCACACCAUCAAAACCAAGCUCAAGCUGAGAUUUUGAGGUUUAACAAUGAUUUUGACUCUGUACCGGCCGGUUCAGUUACGGUAACAGGAUUCAAUCAAUUAAGCCCGGGUGGUACAGCGGUAACCGGAAUGUCUCUGGGAGGUAACUUUGUUGAUAGUCCUUCCACGAAUAAUAAUUACCAUACGGACCAGCAACUACACCAUCAUCAUCAGCAACAGCAACAUCAUGAGGCUCAACUAUUCAUACCUACACAGUCUUCUCAGCCGCUACCGCUUCAAACGCAGGAGACGCAAACGCAGACGCAACAAAAUUCAGAGAGCGAGGAGGGUAGAAGGAGUGUCAUUGGUUAAUCUCUCGCUAAUUGAGGAGUGAAUAAUAUUAAAAAAAAAGAGAGGGAUUAUUAAAAAAAAAAAACACAAAGAUACGGCCUUUGACCUUCUCGCUUGCUCGAUAAACUCUCACAAAAUUUUCUAAGUUGGAAACUCUGACUUUGCUCAAGGCAUUAUGGACGCAAUCGAGUUUUUCUUUCUUUCAAACAGCGAAAAGACACUCACCACGUAAAAGACAAACGACUCGUAGCAAAAGUCAGCGUUAUUUGGUUGAUUUUGAGAAUCAUCUUUGUAUAGGCAAUUUUGGUGAAGAGUAUAAAAGUAUACAAACCAAAGGCUCAAUAUCAGAUUUCAGACUGAACAAAAGAUCUCCCGCUCCGCUUCUUUAGCAUGGAAACAAAUACUUGUGCUACUUUACGUUUUUCUUUUUUUUCUUUUUUGUAUCUUCUUCUUAUUAUUAAUUUUGACAUUUCUUUUUGUUUGAGUAUAAAAAAGAGAAAUUAGUGUUUUUGGUUGCAAAUCUAUUUGUAAUUAGAUUUCAAGAAGACGGUCACUUGGCCGUUUAUCACAUAUCCGAUGUCAAACCAAAGUAUUAUAUAAAAACUAUC